GUGACAAACUUAAAAACAUAAUUAAAACAAAUCUAAAUUUAAAUAAAAAUUAAAAAAAAAAAUUAAAAUCGAAAUAAAAUUGGAGAAAUAAGGAACCAAGAAAAUAAAAUUAAUUAAGAUUUUUUAAAAAAAUAUAUUCAAUUCAAAUAACUAUUAAUUGCGAUAUCAAUAAACUAAACUUUAAAUUAUAAAAAAUAUGACAAAAUAAUAGAAAAAAAUCUGCCAUUUAUAUAGAAAAUUAUAUAAAACUUUAUAAAAUACUAUCAAAUAAUAAAAUUCCAUUAAGUGAUUUAAAAGAAGAAAUCUUUACUUUCAUCAUGAUACCAAAAUUGAUAUGUCUAUUACUGACCCUAUGGCUGGCAGCAGUAAGCCUACCCUCCGCCCAAGCCAUACCCAGCGAUGUUUACUUAAAAAUGUUUGCCGCCCAGGCUCCCUCAGAUCCCUGCUACGAUGAUGAUAAGGCCCGUAAAUGUAUACCGGAUUUUGUAAAUGCCGCCUAUGGAGCUCCUGUACUAGCCUCGAGUACUUGUGGCAUGGAUAAACCACAAAGAUAUUGUGAAACUGCGGCCUCUACUUUAACCGGCAGCAUGUCUCAGGAUAUGACUUGUAAUAUAUGUGAUAAUAGUAAUCCCCAAAAGAGAUUUUCUUCUCUGGCUUUAACCGAUUUAAAUAAUCCCAAUAAUGUCACCUGUUGGCGUUCAGAACCUAUAGCACCCGUCUCUAAUCCCAAUGCGCCACCGGAUAAUGUUACUUUAACUUUGUCUUUAGGCAAGAAAUAUGAGUUAACCUAUGUUAGUUUACAAUUUUGUCCCAAAGCUCCUAAGCCCGAUUCUAUAGCUAUAUACAAAAGUUCAGAUUAUGGCAAAACCUGGCAGCCAUUUCAAUUUUAUAGUUCCCAGUGUAGAAGGGUAUAUGGACGUGCUAAUCGCGCCACUAUUAAUAAACAUAAUGAACAAGAGGCUAGAUGCACCGAUUCUCAUCGUCAUACCAGUGAUAUAAUGGGUGGUCUGCAGGGUUCACGCAUAGCCUUUAGUACUCUAGAAGGUAGACCCUCAGCUAAGGAUUUAGAUGCCUCUCCCGUAUUACAAGAUUGGGUUACCGCCACCGAUAUUAAAGUCAUAUUUCAUCGCCUACAAAUGCCUGACGCUAAUGCUCUUAUAACUUUGGAUAAUCCAGGAGAAAAAUCAUCAGAUGCUAAAUCGGGCAAAUACAAUGAACCCAAUUCUUUGAUAAUUAACUCUCUCGAUCAAACUAACUCCAUAAUAGGGGGUUCUUCUUCGGCUCUAGCUGCCUCAUCGGGUCUACACUAUGCUGUUUCGGAUUUUUCAGUGGGUGGACGUUGCAAAUGUAAUGGUCAUGGCUCUAAGUGCAUUACUGAUCAUCAUGGCUUAUUGACCUGUGAAUGUAAACACAAUACCGCCGGCCGCGAUUGUGAACGUUGUAAACCAUUCCAUUUUGAUCGUCCCUGGGGUCGUGCCACGGCACGUGAUGCCAAUGAAUGUAAAAGUAAGUGUUAAUUAUUCUAAUCAAAUCUAAAUUUUACCAUGCGGAGUAAGUAAACCCAUCGCCAAGCUAUUGACUAUAAUUUCCAUAAUAAUUUAUCACUUUUAAUAAUUUCUCUCAAUGUU